AUGGCAAAAGAGACACUAGAUCUGUACGAAAGAUCGAAGGGAAUCCCUUCCAAAAUCAGAAUAGUUGGAGGUCCGAAUAACCUGGCAUAUGGAGAGGGCGACGAGCUGGAUGUAUUGGAUGCAAACACUGUUGAGACAUUUACCUUGGAGGAGUUCAAGGCAAUAGUGCUGGACUGUAGAUUAAAGAAUAAGGAUUUUAUACUUGCAAGAGUUACGACGCCAGACCCGGAUGACCAGAGCAUCAUAUACAACUUUUACUAUGCAGCAUCCGAGCUGAAUAGAAUAUUGUUCAGGUUCGAGUCGGAUAGGAGGCUACUACAUAGAAUGAAAGUCCGAAAUCCUCUCAACAACAUGUACAUACUGGGGCAGGUGUAUUACUACAAAAUACCACCACAGGAAGUCGACAGGGCGUUGAUUGAGUAUUUCUUCGUUGAGACCAAAGUGGAGGGCAAAAUUACAAAAAAGGCAUUUUCCCAGGUGUUUAGGCACAAGAUAGAGGAGGCAGAAGACAGCAAAAGAUGCCACAAGUCAAGAGACAGUCUCGAUGCAAAUGAUAGAUCCUUGAAGAUGAACAGUGUUGAGGAGAAUCCAAGGGAGAUAAUAGAGAAGAUUCAGAAAGGCAUGAUAACCAUACCCAAGACAAUCCCUCCAGAAAGGAGUGUCUUAUACAGCGCCAACUACUUUGCCUCAGACGACGACUUUCUGAUGCAGCCAGAGGUCAGAGAGUACUUCAGAAGAAAUACGCUGGACGCUGAUGACGACUUUCUGUUUGAAAUAGAUAGAACACAGAACGACUUCUUUGCGCUCCUUGAGACGGCAUCUGAAGAUGAAAAUGAAGAGGUUCUUGGGUGGAAAAGAGUUCUCACUGCUCAUAUCAGCAUGCUGGUGACGCUUCUGACUGUAUGCCUUGUCCUUGGGGUAGGUCCCCAAAUGGUCCUUGUUGCUCUUCCGCUAGCUGUUGUCCUUAUAUUUUCGUUCAUUGGCUCGAUUUUUUAUAUUCUAUUCUGCAGGAGAAAUACAUUUGAUACUCUGGCCGUUAACAGCAUUGAAGAGGUGUAA